GAAGGUGCUGCUAACCCAACUGUAGCCCGACGCAACAUGACGCUGCCAGGAGAGAAUGGCCAGAACCUGGUGGAGUGGAGGUUCAGGAAGGAGCAGACCCGGGGGAAAGUCAUUGUGUUCGGGAGGAAGCUCAGGGUGAAUGGUAGGAACCUGCUGUCAGUGGAUUACGACCGUUCGCUGCGAACAGAGAAAAUAUAUGAUGACCACAGGAAGUUCCUUCUGAAGAUCAUCUAUGACACACAAGGCCAUCCCACACUGUGGGUUCCCAGCAGCAAGCUGCUGUCAGUCAACCUCACAUACUCCAGUACGGGGCAGGUGACUGGCCUCCAGAGGGGUCCCACCACAGAGAAGUGGGAGUAUGACAGCCAGGGACGAAUCAUUUCCCGAGUGUUCGCUGACGGGAAGAUUUGGAGCUACACCUACUUGGAUAAG